UCUCUUAUUUCAAUUCAUUUGGUGGAAAAUUUCUCUUUCUUCACCCUAGUUCCAUCCAUUCCCCCUUCAUUCCACCACCACCAUUCAUUCCGCCACCACCAUUCAUUUUGUUCAACCCUAGCCGUCGUCUCCUGCUUCAUCUUCCGUUCGACCCUAGCACGCGCCGCCGUCUCCUGCUCUAUCUCCGACGAUCUCUUUCACAGUGUUCCUUUUUCAACUCAGUUACGUCUCAGGCAUGAAUGUAAGUCGAAGUAUAUUACUAAAGUCAACGAGAAGCUUACCGAACUUCAAAGGUCUCAAAUUCAAAAAACACCAUUUAAAUGGUUAUUGAGUUUGCCUAUGAAAUUAAAAAUAUCCGAAAAUUUUCUUGAAGAAUUGGUAGAAAGAUGGGAUGAUAGGAGUGGGGGGUUUGCUAUACAAGGUCGGAUAAUACGGUUUACACCUUUAGAUGUAUGUUUUGCAUUAGGACUUUGUUUAAUAGGUGAAAAUGUGAAAUUCAAAAAGGACCCUAUAUCCACUACGAAAGCAAUGUUUGAUAAUGAAGUCAUCAAUGUAAAAACAAUUUAUGCUAAAAUUAUUAAUUUGGAACGAGACGAAGAUGUUGAGAAGUUUUGCCGACUUUAUUUACUUCUUGGUUUUGCCGAGUUCUACUUUCCAAAUUCAAGUGUUAAGGUUAGUGGUUGGUGCCUAAAAAUGUUAGAAGACUUGAACUCCAUUGGGAGAUACAAUUGGGGUGUCUCUGUUUAUGAAACUCUUGCUUGCAGUUUAAAUCGAGUAGCGCCUCUUUUUUGUGAAGGAAAAAAUUCUUCACGGUUACAAAUUAAGGGAUGCGCUCUUGUAUUACAGGCGCGUGGUGUUAGUUUGGUUGGCAAAAAUAUAUCACACUUGCUUGAUAAUUAUUUGGUUAUUGAAGAGUUAAGUGCAACUAAAGAAGAGGUUGCAAAUAAAGUUGUGAGGGAGGCGUUAGAUCGAGCGCCAAGUGGAUAUAUUAAAUGGAGACCAGAUCCUAUUAUUAGUCAGUUAAUUGUUAACAAUUGCCUGUUGGGUGAAGCAAACAAAGGACUUUCCGCAAGGAUAUCUCUUCUUGAAUCGGAAACUAGAGAGAUGAAGAAGUUAUACGGUAGUGCACAAUCCAGUUAUGUGGAAGGUGUCUUCAAUGAUGAAGGUGUUGACGAGGAUGUCUCCAUGGAUGAGAUUGAAAGAGUUAUUGAAAGGGAGGUGGCAAAUGUAUCAUAUGAUUAAGCACAUCAUGCAUCAAAUCUCUUAACUAGAAUUAAGGACAAGCAAAGAAACCGUGUAAAAAGUGGGGUUCUGCUUUCCCCAUGGGUGAAGGAUGGACGCAUAAAGAAGAAGAUUUAAAUUAGUGUAGUGUUUUGAUAUGAUUGCAAUGUAGAUGUUUUUUUAUGCUAUUUUUUAUUUAGUAGGACAAUGUCGCACCUAUAAUAUUAAUGGAAACACCAUAUGUUGUUAGUUAC